AUUCAAUGCUCCAUUUUAUAGAAAACUGUGAGUCAGAUAAGUUUUUGCUCAACAAUGCAAGUGCAAAUAUUGCGCCAAGCUAUUGUGCGAAAUUAUAAGAAAUGGCGGUAAAAUACUGUUUGUUAUUGUAUAUUUUGGCUUGUGUUUCUGCGGAACUGUGCCCGAAACAGUGCGACUGUGAUUUGGAAAAUGGGUUGAAUCGUGCGACGUGUGUGGACCAAAAUAUUAUCAGUGUGGAAAUGGGAGUGCCGAAAGCUGUUCAAGUGUAUGUUCUCAGCCACAAUGCCAUUACGGAGCUGGACAACUAUUGUUUCAAAGAAAUCGGCUACAUGUCACUGCAAGUACUAGAUCUUUCCUACAACCUGAUAUUUUGGAUCGGCUUGCACGCGUUCGCUGGCUUAGAAGACUUAGUCCACUUGGACCUAAGCAACAAUAGACUGCGGUACAUCCCCUCUGAUCUCUUCUGGGAUACUCCUCUGCUGGACAGUCUGGAUCUGUCGGGAAAUAUAUUCGAAGAUAUUAAAAAUGAACCGAUCAUUAUGCAUCAACAGUUGCAGACACUGAACUUAAACGGAUGCCGUAUCAAGGCUCUUCCAGACAGAUUAUUCAAUCGACUGCCCAACUUGAAAAGACUGGAUUUGAGUGAAAAUUACAUAACAUCCGUGUCUCUUGAAACCCUGCGACCACUGAGAAAACUAAACAGAUUUGAAUUUAGAAAUGACAACAUAAAAUGUACUCCAGAUUUUAUUGCCGUUGAGGCAUGGAUCACAUCUCAUAACAUCGUGUACACUAAGCAAUGUAAAAAGAAAUUGCCAAUAAUGUUGGAGAAAAUGGUUUCCGCGGUGGUCGAAAAGGAAGACGUGGACGUUAAUGACAUAUGGAACAUAACGGAAACUACGGUUAAUCCGGUUCUAGAACACCCCAAACAGUCGCAGACUCCAUUCCAGAAGUUCGACGAAGACUUCUCUGCGUUUCAAUCGUUUAUAAUAGGGUUGGAGCUGGGAUUGGCGAUAGGAGUCGUCGGGACGUAUAUUUGGCUGAGGAAGUUCUGUAAAUGUGGGCAGUUGGAUUGUACAAGGCCCGAAACGAGGAGGCAGAGAAGGAGAAUACAUCGGUCUGAGGAGUCGAAUUUGCUGUGGAGUAGUGUGUUGAAUCCUGACUUGGAGACUCCGCCGACGUUGCGGCGGGAGUUGUCGCUGCCGGACGGGUUCCCGGCGUACGGUCUGCCGGCCGCGCGCGCGGCGCCGCUGCAGCCCGACGCGGUCCGACUGCACCGGGGCGAGACCCCGCCGCCGCCCUAUCACGAGUGCCGGAUCAACAUUUAACUGUAUUUAACAUUAUGAAAAUGCAAUUGAUCAGUGUUUAUAUGUAAAAAGUCGGUUUGACUUUUUGAGGUCACAGUGAAAAUGUGUACAACAAUGACUGAGGACUAAAGUGUACAUAGAUACAAAUUUAAGUGUUACAGUUUGUGAUAUAGUGAAUUUAUUCUUUAAAAUUCUAUUAAUAAAAUAAUUAAAUUGAAUAUUUUUCUGUGGUUGUGACAUUUAAAGUGACAGUGAUUUUACAUGACUGUUAAAUAAGGGGUGCUAAAAGAUUCAGGGUUCAUAUAUAUGUUUGUAAAGUUGAGUCUAUCUCGACUCUUCGAUGCUAUCAGAGUUCGUUUCAGCCUAAGCUGAGUCAAUAUUGCAUUUUAUGGUGGGUGUAGCAGGCUUCAUGAAAAGUUGUUAAAAAACCAAGAGAAACUUCUUCAACGUAA